AUGUUCACGUUCCACCAACAUUCUGGGAAGAGGAAAGCCCUCGAUGAGGGUCCAUGGAUGUUCAAUAAUCCCCUCCUGGUGGUGGAGGAUUUUGAUCCGGCAAAGAGCACCAAGGACUAUAAGUUUAUGACAGUUCCGAUCUGGGUACGUGUCUUUGAUCUGCCUUUGGGAAUGAUGUGUCGGGAGGCGGGGCUCGCGAUUGGAGAUAUUGUGGGGGAGGCCUUGGAGGUCGAUGCAGGCUCCGAUGGGAUGGCGGUUGGCAAGUUCCUGAGGGUGAAAGUUCGCAUGGACAUCACUAAACCUAUUAUGCGACGUUUUGUUCUGGAAAAGGAUGGCGGCAAGGCACAAGAGAAUGAUGAAAUAACUGAGAGGGAGCAGGAGAGGAAGGAGGAGGAGAAAUGGUGCAGAUUUGAGUAUGAGUUCCUCCCGGAUUUCUGUUACACUUGUGGUAUGCUUGAUCAUGUGGACAAAGAGUGCUCCUACAAGCUAAAGAAGGGAGAGAGCAAGCAGUUCGGUCCGUGGCUGAAGGCUUUCAUCCCUAGAAGCUCGAGUGAGACUAGUAGAGGUAGUUGGAGUGAUGGCAGGGGCAAGCCGGAGGGUCGAAGCAGUGGGGGUGGCAAAAGCCGUAGCUGGGGGCACUCAGGGGGCCGUUCGGGAAGCGAUAGUGAUAAUUGGCGCAAGGACAAAUCGGUGGUGGGGCACCAGUUGACAGAGUUGGAAAACCGCGAGGCUGAAGUGACGAGCCCUAUGAAGAAGAAGGGUGAUCCAAUGCAAGUUGAGGCCCCAGCCAAAUCUGGACGAGAGAUUGCAAAGGGAACAGUAGCUCUGAAGCAUCUAACUUAUGAGAGUAGAGGGUCUGUGGGAGAGCAAAAGCAUCAGGGGGAGAGCAGUGUGAUUGAGGGGGUGCACAGGCCCAAAGGUUGCCUCCUAAAGUUUCUGAGAAGGGGAAGGGGAGGAAGGAAUUGA